ACUACUACUACUACUACUACUACUACUACAACCUUUUAAAGGUGGCCAAGUGCUGCCACGACGACCACCUCCAGGUCAGUACUACUACUACUACUACUACUACUACUACUACAACCUGUUGAAGGUGGCUGAGUACUGCCACGACAAGGUCAGUACUACUACUACUACUACUAACAAAACCUGCUGAAGGUGGCCGAGUACUGCCACGACAACUACCUCAAGGUCAGUACUACUACUACUACUACUAACAAAACCUGCUGAAGGUGGCCGAGUACUGCCAUGACAACUCCCUCCAGUCAGGUGACGACAGUAUGAAGGCCCUGGAAGAAACAAAAAACUUCACCACCCAGUCACUGGCCAGCAUUGCUUACCAAAUCAGUACUCUGGCCACUAGCGUACUGAGUCUGUUUGACGCUCAGACCAAUCAGCUCCGUCACAUGGAGUCAUCCAUCAACCUCAUUGGUCAGACUGUGGAGAUGCAUAAAGAGAAAGUUUCUCGGAGGGAGAUCGGUCUUUUCACAGCGGUGAGACGAGUCCCACGCAGCCACAAGAUCCUCCCUCCUCCUCAACCUCCUGCAGGUACUCAACCCCGCCCACCUUACAGCCGUCAACCAAUCAACUACCAGCAGCUGGACAGCUUGGGCCACAGCAUGAAGGUCUGUGGGAAACAGCCGGACACAACAGAAACGAUGCGUAAACACAGAACCUCCAUCAGGUCUAACAAUCCUCCAGAGCCGGUGCAGUGCCCAGUGGCACCCCCUGUCAGCAGUUUUGGAAAACCUGUAGCUCCGCCCACCAUCCCCAACACAUGGCAGACGCCACCUGAGGGUGACAUCAUCAUGAUGCUGCUGGAUGAAGCCCCGCCUUCUCCUCCUAUGACAAUGAAUAAGGAGUUGGCUCAGGAUGAUGAGGUCAUGAACAUCUCUGUCCCGCCCCCACCACCUCCUCCCCCUGAUUCGCCUGAGGGUGUGGUGGCCCCGCCCAAUGCACCACCUUCUCCUCCUCCUUCUUCAGAGGAUCUGACCAAUCACAGCACUCCGCCGCCCGCCCCACCCCCCACGCUUGAGACCGUGGUGGAGGAGAACAUCUUUCCUCCUCCCUCCCCUCCCCCUCCUCCUUCUGACGAUGACAGCUUCCCUCUGCUCUCCAAUGAUGUCUCAGAGCUGCCAGCCCCGCCCACUCCUCGCCAGGAAGUAGAUGUGACCCUCCCCACCAGGAGGAGUUGCCGCCGUCGCUCGCCCCCCACUACUCGCUCUCUCUCUCUGCGGGUCCGCUCAGGCCCCGCCUCCCGCUGCCGCUACACGCGCUCUCUCUUCCUGCCUGCUGUCCAAUCAUUGAUGAUCCCUCCUCCUCCUCCCUACCCUCCCCCCCGCACUCCCCCUCCCCCCCCCUCUUCCUCCCUCCCCCUGCUGCCCCGCCCCUCCUCCUCCUCCCCCUCCUCCAUCCCCCUGCUGCCCCGCCCCCUCUCCUCCUCCUCCUCACCUCGACUCUGCUUACCUGCGCGCCUCGAACACCUGGAUCUAGAGAUUCCUGCCCCGCCCCCUUCUCUCCUAUUGGAUGAUGAGGGUGGCCUUGAUGACAUCAUGCCACCUCUCCCCCCACCAGUAGAUUAUGACUCCAAUGCCCCCCCCCACUACCUGGACAAAGUGGUGGUGCUGUACAGCUACGAGGCCUCGAAACCCGAUGACCUGUCGCUCACUGAGGGUGACAUCAUAUACCUGACACAUCACCAUAACGACGGCUGGUGUGAGGGAUUCCUCAACGGAAACCAAGGUUUCUUCCCAGAGAGCUACGUACAAUCGCUUGGCUAGAUUGAAGCCCUGCCCCCUCCCUGUUGCCAUGGAGACAUAGCAGCGUAAUUUAGUCUCAGAUGUGUUUACUGUCUGUUCUCUGCUGCCCCCAGGGGUAAAACACAGGAAGUACAGGACAAGAGUCACUUCUUUUAAAUUAACAACAAUUACAACAUUAUGACCUUCAUGUUUUCCAGAUGUUUUCCAUAUGAGUCGUUCACAAAUGUCCUUAACUUUAGAUACAUUUAUUGUAUGAAUGUAAAUAUAGAUCAGUUUUAUUUUCCACUAAUCUUCAUGAUUAAUCGAUGACUUACAACAGUGAAGAUGAUGAAGAUGAUGUGAUGAUGAAGGUCACUCAGAGAAAGAUUAAUGACCUGAACAGAUGUUACUGAUAAUAACUGUACUUUUACUAAAGUAGCCCCUUGAAGGCAGAGCUGUGCGCCCCCUGCAGGUCACACACACAAACUGUACACUUCAAAAAAAAUUAUUUAAAUAUUCUGUCAUUAUGGAAAGGAAAUGACAACAAUCAGUUAACAUGUGAUGUCACUGUUGUGUUUACUGAUGAUCAAUACAUCUUUGAAUUAA